AUGGUUGAUACAAAGGAUAUUUUGAAGGAGUUUGAUCCAUUGACUCAGGAGGAUAAUGAAAGGAAAGAUGAUCUGGGAGAAGUUCAGCGAGAUUCUGAAACUGUAUCUACUGAGAAUUCCAACGAGAGAAGUUCCAGUAAUUCUAGAAAUGAACGAACGUACGAAGAUGAUCAAUUUUUUGAUUUCAGAUUAUUUGCUAAGCAAUUUAGAAAUCCUCAGGCAGAUCCAUUAGUUAAGUAUACAAAAUCAUUUUUGCAUAACUUUGCUACACAAAGGGCAGUUUGGACACCUGAGGAGCAAGUUAAACUGAUCAAUGAUUUCAGGCUGUUUAUUUUUGGUAAAUUAAAAGUCUAUGAACCAUUUAAAUCUCUAGAUAAGGCCGGAUUGCAUAAUGCAGAAGAAGGUAUUGAGAAAUUGAUCAUGGGUAAGCUAUAUACGAGGUGUUUCUCCCCAACUUUGAUAGAAAAUGUCAAUGAAGAUACUGUUGACAAAUAUCAUUUAAAGGAUAUUGAAGAUGAUGAGUUACUAAUAGCCAAAGUCAAGGAGUAUAGGUUUAUUGAACUAUCAAACUUAGAUAUCCCUAAUAAACUUUAUACAAGAUUGGACAAAUUUGUUGAACUUGCAGGGAAAGAAUUGAAUAAAGUAAAUGGGUUUAAAGCUCCUCGUGAUAAAAUGGUAUGCAUUUUAAAUUCAUGUAGAGUUAUUUUUGGUCUUUUGAAACACCAUAGACUUGACAAAGAAGGUGCUGACAGUUUUAUUCCAUUAUUAAUUUUUAUUAUUUUAAAAGGUGAUAUUGCUAAUUUGGUUUCAAAUAUAAGGUAUAUUGAGAGAUUCAGGUACGAAAAAUUCCUUAGAGGGGAAGAGUCCUAUUACCUAAGCAGUUAUCAAGCUGCCUACAACUUUAUUUUAUCUAUGGAUGAAACUUCACUGACAGUGGCAGACAAUAAUGAAUUUGAUAGGAAAUAUAAAGAGAAUCAAAAGCUUCUGAUGGAAGAAAAAGAACAAAAAGAUCGUGAAAAUGCACAACUGAAACAAUCCUCCAAGGAAGCGGUGAGUAGUGGCGCAACGAGUAAGAAUUCCCUCGAUGAAGUGACAAAUUCUAUGAUAUCGAUGUUUAAUGAUCUCUUUACAUCAUCUCAACAAAAGCCAGAAGAAAUGGGCGACCAAAACAAAAGAAACAAGAAGGAUGAAGAUGUUACCCAAUUGAUCAAUCGUAUGGAGGAGCAAGAACACAAAGACACCGUGGACACAUUAUGUUCCAUGUUUCCCGAUUUUGAUCGUGAAAUUAUAGAAGAUGUCUGUGUUGCCAAAAAAUACAGAAUCGGUGUAUGUGUGGAUACCUUACUGUCAUUAUAUAAUUAG